AAUGAAACCUACCAAAAAAAAAAAAAAAAACUUCACAUACCAGCAACCAGCAACCAUCAGUGUUCUUCUACAAUACUCCAUUUCCACCAUUCUCUCUCUCUCUCUCUCUCAUCAGUUUCUGGGGUUUCACCCCUCCUCUGUUUUCGGACAUGUUCACAGUAUCAAAGCAUCCGUAAACGAAUCUUCAGCUUUUGCUUUUAUGGUACAUAUUCAUUUAUGUCUAAGAAGAUUAGUAGAUAUGCAGAAGGUGAAGGUAAACAGCUAUUCACCCACUUGUGUUCUUGAGGAUUAUUUAAGAAGUUUGGAAUCAGAGACAGUUUCUUCAAAAGAAAGCACAUCAGGAAGUGAAGAUCAUCAAAAAGAUUCAAAAUCCUCAACAACAACAACAACCACCUCAAAAUGGAUUGAUUUUGUUCAUCUUGUGAAAAGCAAAUCAAAGAAAUGUUUGCCCACAUUUCAUCCAAUCAGUAGUGGCUUGCAAUUAUCAAGAAAAUUAAGUAGCAGUUUCAGAGAACACGUGGCCAUGAUUCCACCAUCUCCAAUGGCAGAUAUGAACUAUUUCAAGCCUCAUUGGAAGAAUUUCACCUUCUCACAGUUGCAAUCUGCCACCAACAACUUCUCAAAAGAAAAUAUGAUUGGGAAGGGAGGAUAUGCUGAGGUGUACAAAGGGGUUUUAAAAAACGGGCAGCUUGUUGCUGUUAAACAACUGACAAGAGGCCCUAUUGAUGAAAGAACAUCAAGCUUUUUAUCAGAACUUGGAGUUAUGGCUCAUGUUAAUCAUCCAAAUACAGCCAAAUUGAUUGGUUAUGGUGUUGAAGGAGGAUUACACCUUGUUCUUGAGUUGUCUCCAAAUGGCAGCUUAGCUUCAUGGCUUCAUGCUUUGAAGGAGAAAUUAGAUUGGGGUAUUAGGUAUAAGGUUGCUUUAGGGACAGCUGAAGGUUUGCUUUACCUUCAUGAAGGAUGUCAAAGGAGAAUCAUUCAUAGAGACAUCAAGGCUGCAAAUAUCUUGCUUACACAAGACUUUGAACCUCAAAUUUGUGAUUUUGGGCUUGCGAAAUGGCUUCCUGAGCAUUGGACUCACCAUACAGUUUCAAGAUUCGAAGGAACUUUCGGAUAUUUAGCUCCAGAGUAUUUAAUGCAUGGGAUAGUCGAUGAAAAGAUUGAUGUUUUCGCAUUUGGUGUACUUUUAUUGGAGCUUAUUAGUGGUCGUAGAGCUCUUGAUUAUUCUCAACAAAGUCUUGUUUUAUGGGCGAAACCAUUGCUGAGGAAGAACAAUGUGCGAGAGCUGGUUGAUCCUGCAAUUGCUGAGAAUUGCAAUAAACAAGAACUGCAUCGAAUGGUGUUGGCUGCAUCUUUAUGUAUACAACAAUCAUCCAUUCGAAGGCCUGAUAUGAAUCAGGUUUUACAGCUGCUAAAAGGGGAACAAGGUGGAUGGGAGUUUGCAAUGAAAAACUGUAGAAGAGGGUCAUCAUUGAAAAAACGUUAUGAAGAUCUUUUUAGUUCGGUUAAGUAUGGUAUGAUGGAAUCAAAGGGGUUAAUCAGGCUUUGACAACAUGGAUAUGAUACGAUAUGGGUGAAAUUUUGAAGUAGGAAUCUUCUUCUAUAUAUAUAUGUACAUACAUAUACAUAUUACCUUUUUUACUUUUGUAAAAUUAUAUAUUGUAUAGUAUUAAUUGUGAUCUUGCCAGUUGCCAUCAAGGUUCUUUAGAACAUUUGUUGGCUAUUUUUGUUUUAAGAAUGGAAUGGAAGAAAAGAUUGUUGGAUGCUUAUAUAGUUAUAUGGUGGUGGUGGAACUUUCUUUUGUAGCGAUGUUUGUUGUAUUGUAAUGUAACGUUUUAUAUAUAUAGGAAAAUAAAUGAAAUUCUAUAGCUUCGG